AUGGCUCUCAAGGCGCCUCAGCUCUGCUUCUUUCCCAAGCUUCUCCAAGCCCAAGACUAUCCCACAUUACCCUUCUUCUGCCCGCCAUUGAUGACUGAAGAUGGGGAUGAUGAAGGUGAAGCAAGAAAAUGCAGGCACAAAUGGCCGAAGUUGGUAUUGAUAGGACACAGGGGAAAUGGAAUGAACAUGUUGCAGUCCUCUGAUAUCAGAAUGAGAGCAAUCAAAGAGAACUCAAUCCUCUCCUUCAAUUCUGCUGCUCAAUUCCCAAUUGAUUUCGUUGAGUUGGACGUUCAGGUGACCAAAGAUGACUGUCCAGUAAUUUUUCAUGACAACUUUAUCGUCACUCAUGACAAGGGAGUUUUCAUUGAGAAGAGAGUUACAGACCUUAAGCUACCAGAAUUUCUUUCAUAUGGACCCCAGAAACAUCUUGGAGAGAUGGGAAUGCCUCUGUUUAGAAAAAUGAAAGAUGGAAGAAUUUUUGAGUGGAAGGUGGAAAAGGAUGCCCCCCUAUGCACAUUGCAAGAGGCGUUUGAGAACCUUGAGCAUUCGCUGGGAUUUAAUAUGGAACUGAAGUUUGAUGAUCACAUAGUCUACACAGAGAGACAGCUCAAGCAUGUUCUUCAAGUAAUUUUGCAGGUGAUAAAUGAUUAUGCAAAGGGAAGACCAAUCUUCUUCUCAACCUUUCAGCCUGAUGCAGCUCUUUUGAUAAGAAAAAUGCAGAGCAGUUAUCCUGUAUAUUUCCUCACUGAAGGAGGGUAUCAUCAAAUGCAUGUUGAUGCUAGAAAAAACUCAUUGGAAGCAGCAGUUAAGGUGUGCUUGGCAGGUGGUUUGCAAGGCAUUGUUUCAGAAGUGAGUGCUAUCUUGGGAAAUGAAGAAGCUGUAACCGGGAUUCAAGGGAACAAUCUUCGCCUGUUAACUUACGGCCAACUAAAUAAUAUGGUAAAGGCUGUGUGCCUGCAACUUCAGAUGGGUGUUGACGGAGUGAUUGUUGACCUUGUUCAAGAGAUCACAGGUGCAGUUUGUGACUGA